GAGAGCCCGGUUUUAUAUUUGACGCGACGUAUCCGAGGCCAUUUCUACACAGGGCACUUCAGAUGAGUAGGUACGAACGCCUCGUAGAAAGAGCUUUCCUUUUUCACCCCAGGACCCUUGCUUUCCAGAGAACAUGCCCACGGUGAAGAAGACAUUGAUGUUCUUCUCCAGCUUUGUCACCAGCUUGGGGGCCUUCGUGGUCAUUUCAUCCAUCCUUGCCACUCAAGAAUGGAUCCGCAGUACAAUUGCCAUUCGCGACUCUUCUUCAAACGGGAGUGUGAUCAUCACCUACGGGCUCCUUCGCGGGAAGAGUGUUCAAGAACUGAAUCAUGGACUUGCAGAAUCGGACAAGAGUUUUGAAGUUUUAGGGACAUUGAGCAGUUCUUCCCAGAAGACCCUGCACACGGUGGUCCUCGUCUUCCUGGUCCUCAGCUUGCUCACGUCGCUGCUGAGCGCCGGCCUGACCCUCUACAACAGCGUGAGCAACCCCUACCAGACCUUCCUGGGACCGAGCGGCGUGUACACGUGGAGCGGGCUCUGCGCCGCCUUCAUCUUCCUAACCUUGCUGCUCUUUGUGGGGAACACACAGUCCAACCGCCUGUCAGAGCAGCUGGCCCAGAAGCUCUACCCGACGUACCCCGCCUCCACUCACCAGGGAACCUCCCACAGCUACGGGUACUCGUUCUGGCUCGUGCUGCUCGUCAUCCUUCUCAACGUGGCCAGCGUGGUUGUCAUCAUCUUCUACCAGAAGGCCAGGUACCAGCGGAAGCAGGAGCAGAGGAAGCCCAUGGAAUACGCCCCAAGGGACGGAAUCUUGUUCUGAGCUCGGGAUGCUCACUUGGUCAUUGGGGCGAUUCUGCGGCACGUCGGCUCCCCGAGCCGGGAGGGGCUCACGAGUCCGGGUCUCCAGCAGGGAAAGGGCAUCCCCGACUGACUGUCGUUCUGCGACCCUUGCGGUCGUUCGUGACGCGAUGUUCUUCAUCAGUGAGGUAUCCUUGGAAAAGGACACUUCUCAAGGGGGGGACGAUGAAAGAGGAAGCGCCCCAUCCACGGAGGGUUCAAGGCGGCAGCAUGAUUUGUGAUCCUGUGGACACUCUGACUCCGCUUGCUCUCUUUAAGUAAUAAAGCCUUGUGUUACACAUCGUC